AUGCUUUCUCCACCGCUCCUUCUCUAUGCCCUCAUCCCCUCGGUGCUGUGCCAGUUCCUUAGCCCGGCACUGACUGGGGAACUGUGGAAGACCGGAGAGAAGAGGAAGGUUUUUUUCAACACGACUCUGAAGCACUGCACCGUCGGGCUAUGGCAGAAAACCUUACCUGUCGCAGUGUUGGGAGACGUUGUCUUCAGUACGGAUGAUGCCAAGGGGGGCUUGAGAGAAUUUAGCUGGGAAGUCCAGGCGUACGGGUUGGACUUGUCCGUCUCGAAUGUCGUCUACUUCUGGCUGUUCGAGGGCGCAGAACCCAACCAGGGAAAUCAGGCCCUGCGGCAUACAUCUUCGAUACCCUUCAACAUCACCGACGAUGAUCAACCAAGCAAAUCGGCCAUGCUAAACCUCUCAACCACCAGACGAGAGCCGACAAAAACCGUGAUCCUCUCAAAGACCAUGUUCUCAAGCCCUUCGAGUAGCUCCCCGGCCGAAACCUCGAUGACUAUACUGCCACUGUCCCCCGGGAUGUCAGAAGCUGUUCCUACGACCCGUCCCUCAAUGGACACAACUACACCGUUAGUUGAGACAUCAGAAGCUCCAAGUCUCACGCAGACCACAGAUGGAGGAGGGUCAACAUCUUCUGGCACCAGUCAAGCAACCCAGACCGGCGAGAGCAGCAGUUCCGGAUCGGAUGGCGGUUUGCCAGUCGGGGCGCAGGCUGGUAUGGGAGUCGGGAUCGGCAUCAUCGGAAUCACUUGCAUCGUCUGCGCGGUGAUGCAGUACAGGUACCUGAAGAAAAAUCAAAAGGCUUUGGCAGAGGUGCAGGAGAUGACCAUGUCGCAAUCCCCUGCCUAUUCUCCCGGAUCGGUAUUCCGCCCCGUGCCGGAAGUCCAGUCGCCCACCAAGUCGACACAAGAGCCGGCCGGCUACUACGUCAACUCGCAGGCCGUCGAGAUUGCUUGA